AUGGUUGUAGCUUCAAAGAAUGUGGUGGAGCCAGUGUUCAUUGUCCUGGCUUUCACAGCAGGAUGUCUCGUCAACAGAAGACGGGAAACUCAAGCUUCAUACAAUGAAUCCUCGGAAGAUAUUGAGAAUGGUCAGAGAUACGUCGACUCGCCGCCUCUGAAGCCGGCUCUACUUCAACAAAGUGAACGACCUACGCGCAAAGCUCCAAACUUUCUCUUCGUUCUUCUAUCACGCUUCUUCAACACUUUUCCAUUUUUAAUAGAGAUUUGGUAUUGGAAUUUGACAUACUGGAUAUAUCAAGGUCUCCGAGCAGUUUCAGCCAGGACAAUCGCAGGCAAUGAAGCUGUCUUCAACCGCGCACGAGAUCACGCUCUCCAAAUCCUCUAUGUUGAAUCAACUUUUGGUCUUGAUAUCGAGCAGCGUUUCCAGUCGUAUAUAAUGCAUCAACAAUCAUGGCUUAUGCCCAUCCUCGCCAAGGUCUACUACUCACAUAUCAGCGUUGGCAUUCUCUUCCUAAUCUACGUAUAUACUUAUCUCCCGCCUUCUACAUUCCAACGAAUUCGUCGUACGAUCGCUGCUGACAAUGCAAUCGCUUUUGUUAUUGUUACCUUUUGGCGCUGUUCACCUCCGCGUCUACUACCUCCCGAGUAUGGAUUCGUCGAUGUUCUUCACAGUAAAGCUGGCGGUUCUAAUGUUUGGAACAACAAUCGAUUUCAAUUGACUAUCGCCGCUAUGCCGAGUUUACACUUUGGGACAGCUCUCUUCUUCGCCGUCUGCAUAUGCAAAUUCUCUCCGCAUCGAUUUAUGCGUGUACUUGCUCCCCUGUGGCCUACUGCCAUGCUCAUCACAAUUGUUGCGACAGCGAACCACUUUCUCAUGGAUGCUUUUAUCGGCGCUUUAGUUCCGUUGCUUGGAUGGAGGAUGAAUGAAAUUAUACUCAUUCUCAAGCCUAUCCAGGAUUUUGUGUUUGCUCCUUUGGUUAACAGGCUGGACCUGGUGGAUUCCAACAUACGAGCUGUACCAAAGAGUUGCUGA